UUGUUGCAAGUUGCUGCCAAUGAGAAUCAAUGAGAAUCAAUGAAAAUCCAUAGGCCAUCAUAGGCCAUAGCAUUUCAGACCUCGCGCCGCUUGAUCUGGCUCCUGUGCAAGAGAUACUCUAGGCCCUCCAUUAUCCUGUACAGCUCGGGUAGUGUUCCCUGUGCAUUCAUGGUACGUCAAUGCCCAGGUGCUUUUUGUGGCUAGUGACAGCCGUGACAGCGGUGACAGCAAGCAAAGGCGAGUCCGGCCACUUGGAAGAUGGGAAUGCAUUGGUUCGAAGGCAUGAGCUUGAGGCUUCGCAGCCCCUGUCCCAGCAGUCACUCUAUCAGGCUGCCGUGGAUUUUGCCGGAGAGGUACACACAUUCAAGUCUAGACACCAGGACCGUGGCUUCGGCUCGUUGGAGUCCGGGGCGGCCGCGGCCUCCCGUGCCUCCCGUGCCUCCCGUGCCUCCCGUGCCUCCCGUGCCGCGGCUUCUCCUACCAUCGCUUCAAGCAACGACCCACGAGAUGCCGACGAUGUGGCGCGUCCACCUUCGCCGUCGAGACUGGUCUCUGCCAACACCAUGACCUCGCCGCCCUCGGCCGCAGACAUCUCGGCCUUCCCACAGACUGGGAAUGGUGGGAAUUUGGUGCCCGUACCUCCCCAGUCUGAUCAGUCUGAUCAGUCUGAUCAGUCUAAUGUGGCUAGGGUGUUGCAGAAGAGGUCGAGCCAAGCUUCAGUUCGGAGUAAGGCAAGCAGCUCCAGUGCACAAGUGGUCCAACAGGUGCAGGUGCCUUUCAGCACAAGGUGUGGCAAUCUUCCAUGUUUUAUGGAGCCUGGUGGCCAGGCUGAAAGCCACUUGGAAGCUCCAGCAGCUCUAGCAGCUCCUGAAGCUCCUGAAGCUCCUGCAGCUACAACAGCUCCAGCUUCUUCUGCAGCUGUGGCAGCUUCGGCUAUGGCAGCUCCGGCGCCAGAAUGGUGUGAGACUGAGAACGAAAACAGUUUGAUUCAGUGA